AUUGUUCAUAUCUUCUUUGCUGUUUGCGGAUUCUUACACUCUUUUCCUUCGAACCCCUCACCCCUAUUCCACAUAUUCAACGUUCAAUUCAACAUGCGGCUCUUCGCUAUUCUCGCCAUCCUAGCCCCCGUCCUGACCAAGGUGGAUGCAACAUGUAACAAAGCCUGGUUCGACCCUCACUGGCCCAUCACACUCGAGCAGACCGCAAGCUACGCCUUGGGAUUAUGUAGGACGGACCUGAACGGCACCUACAGACAAGAUGAGACGAGAAGACGCUGUGCACAGGUCGCGUAUCAGCCCGUAAAUGCGCAAUUCAGCAUAACCUGGACAGGCUGGGGCCAUGGGAACAUCACAGAUGUCGAGUGCUUCGAAAGACUGAUGGAUGAGAUCACCGGGUGUGAAUCCGGCGGUAUGACGAGAGCUGGUGGCUGGUUGUUCAUAGGCAUUCCCACUUAUAAUGAUUGCCCUGUCGAUAUCAAUUGA